AUAAAUGACUUUAAGCUUUUUGGUGAAAGGAUUAGGAGACCCAUUUCUGUUCUUCCCUUUCACUCGAACGUUUUAGCUUCCUCCAUUUUCAUGUAAGGAAAAUAAAAUACAGCAUGAUCAAAGCUUGGAUUCUUGUACUUGUGAUCUUCUAUAGUAGCUUUCUUCCAAAAGGAACCGGCAAUGUUUCUCCAAAACCAGGUACCGUUAACAUUGGGGCAAUUUUAUCUGUCAACUCAACAAUUGGCAAAGUGGCUAAAGUUGCCAUACAAGCAGCAGUGGAUGAUAUAAAUUCCAACGCAGCAAUUCUCAAUGGAACUAAGCUUAACAUUUCAAUGCAGGACACGAAAAUCUCCAAUGGAUUUCUAGGAAUCAUUGAUUCGUUUCUAUUGAUGGAGAGUGACACAGUGGCCAUAAUUGGUCCCCAGUACUCAGUUAUGGCGCAUGUAAUUUCUCAUAUUGCAAAUGAGAUGCAAGUGCCUCUACUUUCAUUUGCUGCAACAGAUCCUACACUGACUUCACUACAGUUCCCAUAUUUUGUAAGGACUACACAGAGUGAUCUAUAUCAGAUGGCUACUGUGGCAGAAAUUGUUGAUCACUUUCAAUGGAGAGAUGUGAUAGCAAUUUAUGUUGAUGAUGAUCAUGGAAGAAAUGGGGUAGCUGCAUUAGGGGAUAAGCUAGCAGAGAAACGUUGUAAAAUAUCAUAUAAAGCAACCUUUAGGCCAUAUAAUGUUACCCGAGAAGAAAUAAACAGUGCAUUAGUUAAGGUAGCUUUAAUGGAGUCUAGAGUAAUAGUCCUUCACAUAUACCCUUCUUUUGGUCUGGAAGUACUUCAUGUGGCUCAGUCACUUGGCAUGAUGCGAAGUGGUUAUGUGUGGAUAGCCACAGAUUGGCUUUCUACAGUACUAGAUUCAAAUCCAUCAUUGUUCACAACUCCAACUACGAAUGAUAUCCAAGGUGUUAUCACCUUGCGCAUGUAUACCCCAGAAUCAGAAAUCAAAAGAAAAUUUAUUUCUAGGUGGACCAAACUGAGCCAGGUAGAAGAUCCUACUCAUAGUCCAUUGGGGUUAAAUAUUUUUGGUCUAUAUGCCUAUGACACUGUUUGGGUUCUUGCCUAUGCACUUGAUGCGCUUCUCAAGGAUGGGGGAACUUUGUCAUUUUCAAAUGAUUCAAGUCUAAACAUUUUAAGAGGGGACACACUUCAUCUAGAUACUAUGGGGGCCUUUCUUAAUGGUAGCACGUUGCUGAAAAAAAUUUUAGAGGUCAACAAAACUGGCAUUACAGGGAAAAUGAUGUUUGAUUCAGAUGGAAAUUUAAUGAAUCCAUCAUAUGAAAUCAUUAAUGUGAUAGGUAGUGGAAUUAGGACGAUUGGUUAUUGGUCUGAACCCUCUGGCCUCCAUUCUGGAGAAUCUCCUAAUCAUUCCAAUUCUAGUGAAGGACUGUAUGGGGUCAUUUGGCCCGGUCAAACAACUAAAACACCUCGUGGUUGGGCUUUUGCAAGCAAUGGAAGACCCUUAAGAAUUGGGGUGCCACUUAGAAUUAGCUACCCUCAAUUUGUGACAAGAAUUGAGGGUACUGAAAUAUUUAGUGGUUAUUGCAUUGAUGUGUUCAAUGCUGCCUUAAACUUGUUGCCUUAUCCGGUUCCCUAUAGGUUUAUUCCCUUUGGUGAUGGUAAAACCGAGCCGUCAAUUUCAGACCUUCUUCACAUGUUCACAACCGGUGCCUAUGAUGCCGUGGUGGGGGACAUUACAAUUACCACAAAUAGAACUAAGAUAGUGGAUUUUACACAGCCAUAUAUUGAGUCUGGGCUAGUUGUUGUGGCACCUAUCAAGAAGUUGAAAUCAAGUGCUUGGGCUUUCCUCACACCAUUCACUCCAAUGAUGUGGUUUGUGACAGGAAUGUUUUUCUUAGUUGUGGGAGUUAUUGUUUGGAUUUUAGAGCGUCGUGUAAAUGAUGACUUUAGAGGCCCAGCUCGAAGACAAUUUGUCACUAUUAUUUGGUUUAGCUUUUCAACCCUAUUUUUUGCACAUAGAGAGAAAACUGUCAGCACCCUUGGUCGCUUAGUGCUAAUCGUAUGGCUAUUUGUGGUUUUGAUACUCAACUCUAGCUAUAUUGCAAGCCUUACUUCCAUCCUUACAGUGGAACAACUCUCCUCUCCAGUUAAAGGAAUUGAAAGCUUAGUAACAACCAACGACCGCAUUGGUUUCUGGAAAGGUUCAUUUUCUGAAAAUUAUCUAACUGAGGAACUCAACAUACACAGAUCCAGGCUUGUUCCUCUCAACUCUCCAUCAGAAUAUGAAAAGGCCUUAAAGGAUGGACCAGCAGGUGGUGGUGUUGCGGCAAUAAUAGAUGAACGUGCUUACUUGGAGCUCUUCCUAGCAACCAGAUGUGAAUUUAGUAUUGUCGGUCAAGAGUUCACCAAGAUGGGAUGGGGUUUUGGCUUCCCAAGGGAAUCUCCUCUAGCCAUUGACUUGUCAACUGCAAUCCUAAAACUAUCAGAGAAUGGUGAGCUUCAGAGAAUUCAUGACAAAUGGCUAACAAGAAGUGCUUGCAGCUCGGAAGGUGCAAAACAAAGCAUCGAUCGACUUGAGUUAAAAAGCUUUUGGGGUCUCUUCUUACUGAGUGGCAUAGCAUGCUUCAUUGCUCUCCUUUGCUAUGUUAUUAAAAUGGUCUAUCAUUUUAGCAGGCACUCCAACAGUAACCUUGAAGGAUCAUCACACACUACUCGUCUUCAAUCAUUCUUUACCUUUGUGAAUGAAAAAGAAGAGGAAGACAUACAGGCCACAGACAAGGCAAAUGGAGAAGUGCUCUUGUAGUAAGGUAGUAAUGAAGAUAGAUAUUUGGAUUUGGAUGACUAAAGUGUUCGCGUCCAUGUCACUGCCUAAGGUCGACUAUCAAAACAUGUACUAAAUCUAGAAUUACUUGUAAUUUAACACCUUCAAUAGUUAUCAACCGUAAACAAUGCUAAUCAGUAGAAAAC